AUGACUGCUGCUCACUGCUUCUCCAGCACAAGUACGUCUGGCUUGCAAGUUUCUCUCGGCCGUCAGAACCUGCAGGGCACAAACCCAAAUGAGGAGUCCAGAAGUGUUUCCAGAAUCAUUUUGCAUCCAAAGUAUGACAGCGACAGCAGCAACAACGACAUUGCUCUACUCAGACUCUCGUCACCAGUGAAAUUCACUGACUACGUCAGACCUGUGUGUCUGGCAGCCAGUGACAGUGUGUUCAACAACGGUACAGAUAGCUGGGUCACUGGCUGGGGCAACGUCAAGGAGGGAGUGUCAUUAUCGUUCCCUGAAACUCUACAAGAAGUGGAGGUUCCAGUUUUGGGCAACAGACAGUGUAACUGUCUCAAUGGAGUCGGUACAGUCAGCGACAACAUGAUUUGUGCUGGUGUUCUGGCAGGAGGCAAAGACUCAUGUCAGGGUGACUCAGGAGGUCCAAUGGUGAACAAACAGGGCUCCGUCUGGGUCCAGUCUGGAGUAGUUAGUUUUGGUUUUGGUUGUGCACGGCCCAAUUUGCCAGGAAUUUACUCCAGAGUUUCCCGUUACCAGUCCUGGAUCAACUCCAUCAUUCGCUCUGAUAGGCCAGGAUUCGUGCAGUUCACCUCCAGUGGACUGGAUGCUGACAGCAGCUACACCUGUCCUGGUCUCCCACCUCCUCUUAUUACAACCACUACUGCUACUGGUCAUAGUACUGAAGGACCAGAAGCUACAACCACAGAAGCAGUAUCUAAAACCCCAAGUCCCGACUUGACCAUGUCAAGUGCUGAAUUGUGUGGCAUCACUCCCCUGAACACCAGGAUAGUUGGAGGAGAAGAUGCUCCACCUGGAAGUUGGCCUUGGCAGAUUAGUCUGCAGAUGUUUGGCGGCCAUUUUUGUGGUGGUUCCCUCAUUAACAGAGAGUGGGUGAUGACUGCUGCUCACUGCUUCUCCAGUACGUCUGGCUUGCAAGUUUCUCUCGGCCGUCAGAACCUGCAGGGCACAAACCCAAAUGAGGAGUCCAGAGGUGUUUCCAGAAUCAUUUUGCAUCCAAAGUAUGACAGCGACAGCAGCAACAACGACAUUGCUCUACUCAGACUCUCGUCACCAGUGAAAUUCACUGACUACGUCAGACCUGUGUGUCUGGCAGCCAGUGACAGUGUGUUCAACAACGGUACAGAUAGCUGGGUCACUGGCUGGGGCAACGUCAAGGAGGGAGUGUCAUUAUCGUUCCCUGAAACACUACAAGAAGUGGAGGUUCCAGUUUUGGGCAACAGACAGUGUAACUGUCUCAAUGGAGUCGGUACAGUCAACGACAACAUGAUUUGUGCUGGUGUUCUGGCAGGAGGCAAAGACUCAUGUCAGGGUGACUCAGGAGGUCCAAUGGUGAACAAACAGGGCUCCGUCUGGGUCCAGUCUGGAGUAGUUAGUUUUGGUUUUGGUUGUGCUCGGCCCAAUCUGCCAGGAGUUUACUCCAGAGUUUCCCGUUACCAGUCCUGGAUCAACUCCAUCAUUCGCUCUGAUAGGCCAGGAUUCGUGCAGUUCACCUCCAGUGGACUGGAUGCUGACAGCAGCUACACCUGUCCUGGUCUCCCACCUCCUCUUAUUACAACCACUACUGCUACUGGUCCUAGUACUGAAGGACCAGAAGCGACAACAACAGAAGCAGUAUCUCAAACCCCAAUGUGUGGCAUCACUCCCCUGAACACCAGGAUAGUUGGCGGAGAAGAUGCUCCACCUGGAAGUUGGCCUUGGCAGAUUAGUCUGCAGAUGUUUGGUGGCCAUUUUUGUGGUGGUUCCCUCAUUAACAGAGAGUGGGUGAUGACUGCUGCUCACUGCUUCUCCAGUACGUCUGGCUUGCAAGUUUCUCUCGGCCGUCAGAACCUGCAGGGCACAAACCCAAAUGAGGAGUCCAGAAGUGUUUCCAGAAUCAUUUUGCAUCCAAAGUAUGACAGCGACAGCAGCAACAACGACAUUGCUCUACUCAGACUCUCGUCACCAGUGAAAUUCACUGACUACGUCAGACCUGUGUGUCUGGCAGCCAGUGACAGUGUGUUCAACAACGGUACAGAUAGCUGGGUCACUGGCUGGGGCAACGUCAAGGAGGGAGUGUCAUUAUCGUUCCCUGAAACACUACAAGAAGUGGAGGUUCCAGUUUUGGGCAACAGACAGUGUAACUGUCUCAAUGGAGUCGGUACAGUCAACGACAACAUGAUUUGUGCUGGUGUUCUGGCAGGAGGCAAAGACUCAUGUCAGGUGAGCAUCUUUUUUGAUUUUAAACCUGUUGGUCAUUGUGUUGAGGACUUUGUGAAAUACUUAGUCGUGUCCUCUUUUUGUCCUCAGGGUGACUCAGGAGGUCCAAUGGUGAACAAACAGGGCUCCGUCUGGGUCCAGUCUGGAGUAGUUAGUUUUGGUUUUGGUUGUGCUCGGCCCAAUCUGCCAGGAGUUUACUCCAGAGUUUCCCGUUACCAGUCCUGGAUCAACUCCAUCAUUCGCUCUGAUAGGCCAGGAUUCGUGCAGUUCACCUCCAGUGGACUGGAUGCUGACAGCAGCUACACCUGUCCUGGUCUCCCACCUCCUCUUAUUACAACCACUACUGCUACUGGUCCUAGUACUGAAGGACCAGAAGCGACAACAACAGAAGCAGUAUCUCAAACCCCAAGUCCCGACUUUACCAUGUCAAGUGCUGAAUUGUGUGGCAUCACUCCCCUGAACACCAGGAUAGUUGGAGGAGAAGAUGCUCCACCUGGAAGUUGGCCUUGGCAGAUUAGUCUGCAGAUGUUUGGCGGCCAUUUUUGUGGUGGUUCCCUCAUUAACAGAGAGUGGGUGAUGACUGCUGCUCACUGCUUCUCCAGUACGUCUGGCUUGCAAGUUUCUCUCGGCCGUCAGAACCUGCAGGGCACAAACCCAAAUGAGGAGUCCAGAAGUGUUUCCAGAAUCAUUUUGCAUCCAAAGUAUGACAGCGACAGCAGCAACAACGACAUUGCUCUACUCAGACUCUCGUCACCAGUGAAAUUCACUGACUACGUCAGACCUGUGUGUCUGGCAGCCAGUGACAGUGUGUUCAACAACGGUACAGAUAGCUGGGUCACUGGCUGGGGCAACGUCAAGGAGGGAGUGUCAUUAUCGUUCCCUGAAACACUACAAGAAGUGGAGGUUCCAGUUUUGGGCAACAGACAGUGUAACUGUCUCAAUGGAGUCGGUACAGUCAACGACAACAUGAUUUGUGCUGGUGUUCUGGCAGGAGGCAAAGACUCAUGUCAGGUGAGCAUCUUUUUUGAUUUUAAACCUGUUGGUCAUUGUGUUGAGGACUUUGUGAAAUACUUAGUUGUGUCCUCUUUUUGUCCUCAGGGUGACUCAGGAGGUCCAAUGGUGAACAAACAGGGCUCCGUCUGGGUCCAGUCUGGAGUAGUUAGUUUUGGUUUUGGUUGUGCUCGGCCCAAUCUGCCAGGAGUUUACUCCAGAGUUUCCCGUUACCAGUCCUGGAUCAACUCCAUCAUUCGCUCUGAUAGGCCAGGAUUCGUGCAGUUCACCUCCAGUGGACUGGAUGCUGACAGCAGCUACACCUGUCCUGGUCUCCCACCUCCUCUUAUUACAACCACUACUGCUACUGGUCCUAGUACUGAAGGACCAGAAGCGACAACAACAGAAGCAGUAUCUCAAACCCCAAGUCCCGACUUUACCAUGUCAAGUGCUGAAUUGUGUGGCAUCACUCCCCUGAACACCAGGAUAGUUGGAGGAGAAGAUGCUCCACCUGGAAGUUGGCCUUGGCAGAUUAGUCUGCAGAUGUUUGGCGGCCAUUUUUGUGGUGGUUCCCUCAUUAACAGAGAGUGGGUGAUGACUGCUGCUCACUGCUUCUCCAGCACAAGUACGUCUGGCUUGCAAGUUUCUCUCGGCCGUCAGAACCUGCAGGGCACAAACCCAAAUGAGGAGUCCAGAAGUGUUUCCAGAAUCAUUUUGCAUCCAAAGUAUGACAGCGACAGCAGCAACAACGACAUUGCUCUACUCAGACUCUCGUCACCAGUGAAAUUCACUGACUACGUCAGACCAGUGUGUCUGGCAGCCAGUGACAGUGUGUUCAACAACGGUACAGAUAGCUGGGUCACUGGCUGGGGCAACGUCAAGGAGGGAGGUGAGUCUGCUUCUGAAACUCUACAAGAAGUGGAGGUUCCAGUUUUGGGCAACAGACAGUGUAACUGUCUCAAUGGAGUCGGUACAGUCAACGACAACAUGAUUUGUGCUGGUGUUCUGGCAGGAGGCAAAGACUCAUGUCAGGUGAGCAUCUUUUUUGAUUUUAAACCUGUUGGUCAUUGCGUUGAGGACUUUGUGAAAUACUUAGUCGUGUCCUCUUUUUGUCCUCAGGGUGACUCAGGAGGUCCAAUGGUGAACAAACAGGGCUCCGUCUGGGUCCAGUCUGGAGUAGUUAGUUUUGGUUUUGGUUGUGCUCGGCCCAAUCUGCCAGGAGUUUACUCCAGAGUUUCCCGUUACCAGUCCUGGAUCAACUCCAUCAUUCGCUCUGAUAGGCCAGGAUUCGUGCAGUUCACCUCCAGUGGACUGGAUGCUGACAGCAGCUACACCUGUCCUGGUCUCCCACCUCCUCUUAUUACAACCACUACUGCUACUGGUCAUAGUACUGAAGGACCAGAAGCUACAACCACAGAAGCAGUAUCUAAAACCCCAAUGUGUGGCAUCACUCCCCUGAACACCAGGAUAGUUGGAGGAGAAGAUGCUCCACCUGGAAGUUGGCCUUGGCAGAUUAGUCUGCAGAUGUUUGGCGGCCAUUUUUGUGGUGGUUCCCUCAUUAACAGAGAGUGGGUGAUGACUGCUGCUCACUGCUUCUCCAGCACAAGUACGUCUGGCUUGCAAGUUUCUCUCGGCCGUCAGAACCUGCAGGGCACAAACCCAAAUGAGGAGUCCAGAAGUGUUUCCAGAAUCAUUUUGCAUCCAAAGUAUGACAGCGACAGCAGCAACAACGACAUUGCUCUACUCAGACUCUCGUCACCAGUGAAAUUCACUGACUACGUCAGACCUGUGUGUCUGGCAGCCAGUGACAGUGUGUUCAACAACGGUACAGAUAGCUGGGUCACUGGCUGGGGCAACGUCAAGGAGGGAGUGUCAUUAUCGUUCCCUGAAACUCUACAAGAAGUGGAGGUUCCAGUUUUGGGCAACAGACAGUGUAACUGUCUCAAUGGAGUCGGUACAGUCAACGACAACAUGAUUUGUGCUGGUGUUCUGGCAGGAGGCAAAGACUCAUGUCAGGGUGACUCAGGAGGUCCAAUGGUGAACAAACAGGGCUCCAUCUGGGUCCAGUCUGGAGUAGUUAGUUUUGGUUUUGGUUGUGCUCGGCCCAAUCUGCCAGGGGUUUACUCCAGAGUGUCCCGUUACCAGUCCUGGAUUAACUCCAUCAUUCGCUCUGAUAGGCCAGGAUUCGUCCAGUUCACCUCUAGUGGGUUGGAUACUGAUAGCAGCUACGCCUGUCCUGGCCUCCCACCUCCUCUUAUUACAACCACCACUGCAACUUUUCCUAGUACUGAAGGACCAGAAGCUACAACCACCGAAGCAGUGUCUCAAACCACAAUACCUGACUUGACCAUGUCAAGUGCUUCCCCAACCACUGCAUCUACAACAAAGCCAAUUAUCUUAGUGACUCCUACAAGACCAGUGUGUGGCAAAGCUACCUUAAACAGUCGUGCUGUAGGUGACAGCAGUGUUGUUCUUGGAGGAUUGUGGCCCUGGAUGGUGAGCCUCCACAAAAACGGGGUCUUUACAUGUGGAGGAACCUUCAUCGCUGAUAAGUUUGUCCUCACCUCCGGCCAGUGCUUCUCCACCUCCAGUCCAAAUGUUCUCGAGUGGAGAGUGUUUCUUGGCCAGCGACUUGUGGGCAGUUCUGAAGAGUUUGAGAUGUCUGUGGGUGUUGUGAAGAUUACCCUGAGUAAAUUUACAGGCUUUAACAUUGCUUUACUACAGCUGGAGAAACCCGUCAGCUUCACAGAUUAUAUCCAGCCUGUGUGUCUGGAUAGCAACAAUGACAGAUCCUUCCCCGUUGGUAGUCAAUGCUGGGUGCCAGGCUGGGGGAAGGACAGUAAGAAUGGAGGUGCUGACAAAGCUGGCUCAAGUCUGCGAGACCUUGAAACUCAAGUGGUAAACUGUGGGAGCGUUUCUGAUUCGGACAACAUUUGCACUUAUGCCGUAGACCUUCAAGAGGGGGAUCAGGGCAGCCCUCUGCUCUGUAAAUCAGACUCCUCUUGGUUCCAGGCGGCCGUUGUCACAAUGAGUGGGAAUAAAUCUGUCCGGGCAGAUAUUCAGUCAUUUGCCAAAACCUCAAGAUUCGGGUCAUUCUUAAAGGAGAUAGUUGGUGAUAUGCCUCCUCCUCUUGUUACAACAACUACUUCUACUGGUCCUAGUACUGAAGGACCAGAAGCUACAACCACCAAAGCAGUAUCUCCAACCACAAGUCCCGACUUGACCAUGUCAACUGCUGAAUGUGGUGAAACUGCACUGGUCAGUGGAGGCAUGCAUUUACAGUGUAGUAAUUAG